AACAACUCCCAUCAUCUCACUGAAAGGGAGUUUGGCAGACAAGACGUUUGGCCGAGAAGGAGCUAUAACGAACGGCAUGGUUUGGGGACUUUUCCAUCACCUUCCGCGCUUCAUGGAGUCUGACAGCAAACGUUUCCAGCCCUGGAGAGACUACAUGGGACUGUCGGACACAAUCAGAGAGAUCCUGGGCCGGCACAGGGUCAAUGAGUCCGCACUUCCAGCCUCUAAAGCACCGCACUCCGAAUCUGAUGACCUGUGCGAGACACUGAUGUCUGUGCGCAUAGGGAUAAACACAGUUUGCAACCUCGGGGCAACCUGUGCGCCACAUCUCUACGGUAUAUCCACGCUGCCAGGCUCGACUCAUCAACGCCCACCCGAUGCUUUGUGGUAUACUACAGACCCGUUUCGUGCCGAUCCUUCAGACGCAGUGAAUUUGAAGCCAGUUUCAAGACCGACGGGCUCCCGGGGUCCUAAAGAACGCAAGAAAAGCACUCGUUUCAAAAGCCCCGAUCCUCCGUUGUUACCGGCGUCACCUGAGCGCAUGUUCUGCAGUUUCUGCAAGCACAACGGGGAGUCCGAGUUGGUUUGCGGAUCCCACUGGCUGAAGAACCAGGCCGGAGAUGUUUUGUGUCCCUAUCUGCGGCAGUAUGUGUGUCCUCUGUGCGGAGCCACCGGGGCCAAAGCUCACACUAAGCGCUUCUGCCCAAAAGUGGACAGCGCGUACAGCUCCGUGUACGCCAAGUGCAGACGCUGAACUAACGGGUGGUAUAGGUAGCAAUAAGGUUGAAUACUUUAUUAUUUGAGUGUCGAUUUGUUUAUUAGCACGCGUGUGGUUUUCAUUUGCAUGCUUUGGCACGUUUGCCGUGUAGCCUUUUACAGGCUAAGGUUGAUUUUCCAGCUGUUCUUUUUGUCAACCUAACCUUCUGGAACCGCGUCCGUCUGGAUUUUGUAUCAUCUUCGUUCAGUAACGACUGCCAGAUAUUAUGUUUGGGAGGAGAAACCAAUACCUAUUUCAAAAGGACUGUAUUGUUUUACAUUUUUAAAACGUGGUCACCUAAUGUCCAGUUUCAUACUGUCCAUGCAUUGAAGGAUUAUAAAUGUCAAACCUUUAUAAGACUACAUCAUCAUCAGUCAUAACUUUACUGUAGCAUGUAAACACCUUGUGACCAUGUCAGCAUUUUAAAUAUUUUAAAAUAUGAGGGACUUGUUCUUGUUCUGAUGUGUAAAUACCUGUUCUAGAGGAAUGUUUUAUUUUGAAUACUGUACUUGAGGCUCUUCCAAAAUGCCAUUUCAGCUCUUCUUGCUUUGUUAAAAGAAAUGUGUGAACUAAUUGUAUGCCAGAAGUUAUAAAUAUGUAAAUUCACAA